AUGUCCUUCGACGACAUCCCCGAGAACGCCGCGUCCGUCGUGUUCUCGCACCUCGGGGAGGACCCGAUAGACCGCGUUCGCCUCGCCGCGGUGAGCAAGGUGUGGAGAAGCGCGGAGAAGGCGGGCGCGUCGUCGCCCGGCACUCCGAGGGCGUUUUUCGACCUCGGUGAAGGGUUUUACGACGAGGGGGAGCACGAGAAGGCACUCUACUGGUGGUGUAAAGCCAUUGAUGAUCGAGACAAAGGCAGUGCCUUGGCAAGAUGGAGCGUGAAGCGAUGCUUAGCGAAGGCGUUCGAGUCGUACAAAAGAGCGUCCGAGCUGGGGCACGCCCGCGCUACCUAUAAGGUCGCGUUGUGCUAUGAUUUCGGAACCGGCGUGGAACAAGACGACGCGAAGAUGGUCGAGUGGUACGUAAAAGCGGCAGAUCUGGGUGACUACUGUGCCGCGUGGCAACUCUCGACUAUCUACGAACACGGCUGGCGCGGCGUCGCGGUGAACAAAAAGGAGGCCCUGAAGUGGUGCCGCGUCGCGGCGGAGCUUGAACCGCACUUCGCGAAAGACCAUCAAGACCGCAUAGUCCACCUAGUGCGCGAGGUCGCGACACCGAGAACGAACGCGGCGUAG